AUGAAUAAGUCACCCAUAGAUAAUGUAUCAAAUGCAGAAAGUGGUGAUCUCUAUUUAACUAGCUUACGUAAUGAUCAUAUACUUGAAUUGUUUCAUGAAUUGAAGAAAUUCCCUGAUAGAAAUUGGUCAAUCAGAUUGACACUCGGCACUCGAAUCACAUCUAUCCGCUAUCGUCGUUUACGUGAUCUUUUAUCUUCUACAGUUAAUGUUGUUGAAUUCGAAAUUACAGCAAAUAAUAUGAAUGAGGAAGCACAAGUAAACUUGUUUACUGGUCUUUUCAACAACAAGAUACUUCAAAGAUGUGGUCUAUGGAAUAGCAAACUUAAUCAUGAAGCCAUGGAUUGGAUUGGACGUUUCAUACAGAACAAUACGAUACUGACAAAACUCCGUUUGGACUAUUGGGAAAUAGGUGAUAGUGGUGCUGUCUUUUUGACCAAAUACUUGCCCGAAAGCAGUUUACAAGAAUUAGGCUUGGGCAAUAAUUCACUUGGAGAUCGAAAUUGUACAAGUCUUCUUUUUUCAAUUUCUUCGACAUUAACAAACUUGUCAAUGGUUAACAAUAACAUAACAAUAUCAAGCUUACAAGCAAUUCUCACUUUUUUUGCAACCAAUCGAACAUUGAAAAGACUCGAAAUUUCUGAGAAUCCAAUUUUUGGAGAAGACCAUCCGGAUACAUGUAAUAAUAGUGUUUGGCAACAAAUAGUUGAAGCUUCCAAAAAAAAAAUAAUACUUGUGAAAUCGUUUAAAAUUGUCUACCAAGCAACAGACUUUCAUUCAAUUAUCUAUCAUAUUCUAUUAAUCAACCUGUAUCUUACUAACUGCUUGAAGAUGCUCAUUCACAUUCAGUAUCCCAAUUUUUCUUUAUUCUACUCUGAAAUAUUUACACAACAGGAUAUAAUGUAA